AUGAAUGGUACUUUGUCACCAGACAGAGAAAUACCACCAGUUACUGCUACCACUGCUACUGUUGCUUCUGCUGCCACUAAUAGCCAGCCUGAAGACACGUCAGCUUUAGUGUCAGAAACCACGAAACUGUUGGAUAAUCAUAAAAAACAAGAUGUGGAAUCUCCAGUGGAUGUGUCGAUUGAGAAAGACCCACCGAAGAGUGCUGUAGCGGUGAAGCUUGUGAAAACAUUUACACCGCCGCGAGAAAAUGGCGAAAAUAUCGGUGAUUACGGGAUUAGUGAUAGCUCAGUGGUAAGUAAUGUUGCUGUUGAUGAUCGUGAACAGUGUUCGAUUAUGUAG